AUGAGCCUUAAACAACCCUUGUUAAGCAAGACUACGAGAGAGGAAAUUGAUGCGGAAGAAGACGACUCUAUAUAUUAUGAGAAUAGGAGCAGAGCAAAUUUUCAAUAUACCUUACAAGGUGUGCAAAGAAAGGAACCUCUUCCUGCAGUUGUUGACAAUAAAUCAAUAACAAUUUCGGAGAGUGACUACUUGUUGGGGAAAUCUUCAAAUAGUUCCAGCACAACUCCAUCCUACAUGACAAAUAUCUCGACUGUACAAACUGCCUCUGAUGCUCUGCAGCAGGCUCUCAGAUACAGGAACAGUUUUAUAGAAAAGCAACAAGAAAUUUUAAAGGAAGUCGACUCUUUUGUGAGUUCAUUAAAAUCUGAAAUAAUCCAACUCAAGGAAAAGAAUAAGGCUCUCGAAAAUGAAUUGAACGAGUGUAAAAAAGCGAAACAAAGUGUUGGUUGUGGGAAGAGACAAGUUUUUUGUAUAGUAGCAGCAAUCAUCAUUCCAAUACUACUUUUGGUUGCAAUCCUCAUUAUUUUAAUGGUAAUAUUUGGAAAGGACUUGUUCUGUCAAGUGAAAUCAUAA